AUGUCGCCCACCCUGGGUCCCGAGGUACCACUGCCUUCUUCGGUGCCUUUUACACGGCCCGUCCUCUCGCUGGCCAGGAGCUCUACCUCCUCACUGCAAAGUGAGGUUGACAAUUUGACUAUCGGCACAUCACCGGCGUACUCUUCGUCUUCAUUGUCCAUCCCUUUUGAGGAUGGCGACGUGGAUGUCGUUAAAGUUGAGGGAUUGCGACAUUCCGACAUCAAACUGGAGGCACGACGCUACAAGUCGGCCCCCUUCUUGGCACGCUUGCUCGAGAUUCUCCAUACGAUCCGGGCACCUCAAUGGUCGAGUCCGGAAAUCACAUCCGAUAGGAUAGAAAUACAGAAGGUUUCUGGCUCCAUGACCAAUGCCGUCUUCUUUGUGUCUUGUCCCUCCGUUCCUGGUACUCGCAUACUGUUGUUGCGCAUAUAUGGUCCUUCCUCGGGUUCUCUUAUUUCCCGCCCAAAGGAGCUACAGACGUUGCAUGUGCUAUCCUCCCAGUAUCGAAUUGGUCCUCGUGUAUAUGGCACGUUCGAGAAUGGUCGUAUUGAGGAAUUCUUCGAUGCAACGACCCUCACGGCUGCCGACAUGCGAGAGCCGAAGAUUAGCUCCUGGAUAGGAGCUCGAAUGGCUGAGCUCCACGGCGUCGAUAUCAACGCCGUGACACAGGGAUCCAAAGUAGACGCGCAUGAAGAGAACGAGUGGAGUGCGGUCGAGCAGAAUGUGCAAUCUUGGUUGGGUUAUGCACGCGAAGUCCUGGCUUUGGCGUCCGCGCCAGAGCAAGUCUGUAGGGACUUGGAUUUGGACCGGUUUGAGCACGAAUGGAAGCAGUAUUUGCGUUGGUUGCACGAAAAGGAGGAGUGCGAGGGGAAAAGCAAACGAAUAUUUGCGCACAACGAUACCCAGUAUGGCAACCUUCUCAGACUGAAAACUCUCAAGGAGGGAUUGCCUGAACAUCGUCAGAUCAUCGUCGUAGACUUCGAGUACGCUUCUCCUAAUCCCGCAGCCUUCGACAUCGCGAACCACUUUCACGAGUGGACUGCGAACUAUCAUUCCGACAUGCCGCACAUUCUCAACCCUGCACUCUAUCCCUCUCAUGGUCAACGCCGCAAUUUUUAUCGCUCUUAUCUCACGCAUGUCGCACUCGCUGCCGACGAUGCCUCCGAGAUGUCUGAUGUCCUUCUGGAGACUCAGAUGCAGGAUCUAGAAAGCCUUGUCCGGGCUUGGAGCCCCGCAUCACAUGCCAUGUGGGCUUUGUGGGGAGUGGUACAGGCUCGGGAGAUCGUCGAGGGUAAAGACGGCGAGCCUGAGUUCGAUUAUUUGGGGUACUCGCGGUGUCGAAUGGACGGUUUCCGUGAGGAAAUCCGUGCGCUUGGUCUUUGA